AUGGAUCGUCCGUCCGCGGCUGCGUCGCCGUCCUACGCCAAGCUGGCUGACACGUACAAGAAGGCGGCGGCCACGGCGGCCUCGGUGACUGCGUACGCCGUGCUUGCGCGCGGCAUGGCGCAUGAGCUCCUGCCUCACGACCUGCGCGCCGUGCUCAGCUGGGGCGCCUCGCUCGUCCGCGCGCGGCUCGAGCUCCCGCCCGCCGAGCGCCGUACCGUCGUCGUCAGGCGCCUCGAAGGAGGCGGCGUGAACUGCGUCAAGUUCAACACCUUCUACGACGACGUGCAGGCGUACCUCGCCACCAGGAUCGACCCAUGGUCCAUGAGCCGGAUCUGCCUCAGCGGCCGCGGCUCCAGGAAGGUCAUGUCCAUGGACGGCGGCGACUCCAUGACGGACGUCUUCGAGGGCGUCCACUUCAGGUGGAAGUCUGUCGCGCAGGAUGGCCGGCACACGCCAGACUCGCUGGAGCUCAGCUUCGACGCAGAGUACACGGACAUGGCGCUCGGCAGGUACGUUCCCUCGAUCACGGCCGUGUUGGAGCAGGCGCGGUGCCGGGACUGCCCGCUCAAGAUCUUCAUGAACGAGGGCAUUUCGUGGCGCGGGAUCAGCCACCAGCACCCGGCCACCUUCGACACGCUCGCCAUGGACCCGCCCACCAAGCAGGCAGUCGUUGCCGACCUGGACAGGUUCCUGAAGCGGAAGGAGUACUACCGGAGGAUCGGCAAGGCGUGGAAGCGCGGUUACCUUCUCUACGGCCCGCCCGGCACCGGCAAGUCCAGCUUGGUGGCCGCCGUGGCCAACCACCUCCGCUUCAACCUCUACGAUCUCGACCUCUCCCAGGUGUGCUACAACGGGGCGCUGCAGCAGCUGCUCAUCGGCAUGCCCAACAAGUCCAUCCUCGUCAUAGAGGACAUCGACUGCUGCUUCAGCGCCACAUCCAGGACGCCGGCGCGUGCCCAGGAUGGCACCGUUUCUGAUCAUUCUACCUCUGAACAUAACGCUCAUGCUCAUGCUCUGCAGCAGCAGAACAUAACGCUGUCGGGCUUGCUCAACUUCAUCGACGGGCUAUGGUCGACGAGCGGCGAGGAGCGCAUCAUCAUCUUCACCACCAACUACAAGGACCGCCUCGACCCGGCGCUGCUGCGGCCGGGGCGCAUGGACAUGCACAUCUACAUGGGCUUCUGCUGCUGGGAAGCCUUCAAGACGCUCGCCCGGAACUACUUCCUCGUCGACGACCACGCGCUGUUCCAGGAGAUACAGGGACUGCUUGCCGAAGUGGAGGUGACGCCGGCCGAGGUGUCGGAGAUGCUGCUGCGGGACGAGGACGUCGACGUCGCGCUCCAGGGGCUCGUGGAGUUUCUCACGGAGAAGAAGCGGGGAGAGAAAGAUGCAGGGGAGGCAUGA